GCGAGAGCUAUGCAUAUGAUGUCAUUUUCAGAUCGCUCUCACAAGACAAAGUCCAUCCUGAAGCUGCAUUCACUUCCGUGAAAGCACUCAACAAUGAGGUCGACUCGGAGUCACUCAACCAAUACACUCUGAGAUCCUCGAUUUUCGAGGACUAUUAUGGUGUUUUGUUUAUCAACAAAGCAAAUAGUAGAGUGGCCGACUUUUUGCAAAUUUGGAACUGGAAAUCAAAGGACACUUUUCAGGUCAGUGAAUCUGCUGGCAUUGUUUUUUGUGACUGAUGAAUCAUCUGGACUUGUAGUGCCUCGAAGUUUUUGAUCCAGCUUGCAACACCAUGAAUUUUGGUUUCCUGACAAAUGAAAAAAUUCUCGUCAGUAACGCGAGGGAAAUAUCGUUGUAUUCCUUCGUUCAUUCCCCCAAUGCCUUCCAACUUACCGCUAAAUUAUCGCUCCCUGCCUUGCACAGUUUCUUUGAAUACACAUGUAUCAGCUUCAGCUCCAUUCCAUUUCAUGCCUGCGCGCACAACCAAAUGAUCAGUCUUAGUAUGGACAUUUCAGGAAGGUUCCUCACUGAAAGUCCUUGCUUCACAUCUUAUAUCGAGCGCAAUACCCUCUUGAAACUCGAGGCCACCUACACGAGCCGCUAUGGUAAAGCAAGUGAAGACUCCCCUAAGCUACCUUGGUCCAGUUGGGGCCCAAAUCACACGCGGUCCUUCGAGGAGAGCUCAUUCGAUUCUUGCAAACACUCCGUCUUUGGCUUCCGGAGUGUAUCUUUGGUCGGCAACCGGCGGGAGUCGAAGAGACCACUAUGCAUCCGCGACUUUAACCCUCAUCGAGUAAUAGACUUCAAGGCCGGGAAUGGAACAAAAUGGAAUCAACGACUUAUCGAAGGCGGUAAGAUUUUGCCGGUUUCAGGGCUGUUCUUGGAGCCACUUGGGUCUGGUCUCCCGUAUAUUGAGACGAUCACUGAGGAGAAGUUCAUUUCGAGUAGUAUGACCAUGGAUGCAAAUAGGGUGACGCUGCUAUGCUUCGCAGUUGUGAGCUCAUUUGGGAUGCCGCACGCAGGUGAACAGAGCUCCGUUGAGGAACUUCUACAGGGUUUCGAAGUACUUGAUUUCGAGUAGUUAUUUACUUUGAGCUUCAUGUUACUUGAGCAUUUCCAUCCAUUUCGCGUCUAGCUUGCGUGUCGAGUAACCUAGGUCAAUACAUGUAUUUCCAAUACGCAUGGUUUGACUAUCGUCCUUGAGCAACUUGAUCUGAUAGUACAGAUCAUCCUUCACAAAGAGACACUCCGCAAAGGAGUUUAAGAAGGAAAAAAAUUGGAACAAGAACCAGUCCGAGAGUAGUCUGAAUCGAGUUUCACGAUCCACGAAGGAUACGCGAGCCACGAAGUGAACUCAAGGACGAACCAAUCCCAUCGUAAAAUAAUACAAUCAGUCGCGCCUCAUACGUAAGGAGUUGGAGUCUCCGGUACGG